AAUAAAGAUCGUAGGCUUGAAGUCUAACAAGACGGUUAGCAUCUGGUCUUAUAUUCCUCAGAUUGGUUCACAUUAAUAAUUUACUCACCGAAUAUAAAUGUCAAAAAAUUUAACCAAGAUUUGAAACCUGUCAGCUUUUUUUUUCAAACCUGCUACAAACAUUCUUCUGAAUUCAGAUUCAGGCCUCGGCAUAUUGAUCCCCAAAUGGGCGCUUCUUCUUCCAAAGCAAAAUCUGUCCAUGAUUUCACUGUAAAGGAUAGCAAGAACAAAGAGGUAGACCUUAGCAUCUACAAAGGGAAGGUUCUUCUCAUUGUAAAUGUUGCUCCCAAAUGUAGUUGGGCGAAUUCAAAUUACUCGGAAUUAACUGAGCUUUAUGACAGAUACAAGGAUACAGAUUUUGAGAUCCUGGCCUUCCCCUGUAACCAAUUCCUGAAACAAGCGCCUGGAACAGGCGAGCAAUUACAAAAUUAUGCUUGUGAGAAGUUUCAGGCAGAAUACCCUGUCUUCCAGAAGGUACUUGUCAACGGGAAAAAUACAGCCCCCAUCUACAAAUUUUUGAAAGCCAGAACUAGAGGGUUUAUGGGGUCAAGCAUUAAAUGGAAUUUUACGAAGUUCCUUAUUGACAAGGAAGGGAAUGUCCUCCAAAGAUAUGGCACCACCACCUCACCACUGUCCAUUGAGGGAGAUAUCAAAAAGGCACUGAGACAAUCAUGAGAAACAUCUAGUUUACCGGGGUAGACAAUGUCAAUUAGUUAAGCACAUCAAGAAGCUAUAGUGGUUUAUUGGUUGAUUGUAUAUUUUAUUCGUUCCUGUAGUCUUUCAUCGUGUGAUAUUCAAAAAUGUGCCGGCAAUUUAAAAUUUCUCUGAGUGUUUAUAGAAAAUCGAUAUUAAGACAUGAAUACAGAACUUUCUUCUUGCAGUUCUGUAUUGAAAGGCAACCAUUUUAAUUGAGAAUGUAAGAUGUUGCAUCUGA